AUGUCAAGCAAUCAGAACCAGCAGAACAGCUCAAGAAACAGCGUGCCGACUGCAGCCUGCAUAGUUUCAAAUGUUAAGUCCAACGAUACCGGUGCAGAUUGUCAUACAAGACUGACAAGAGUACAGACUGCCACUGGCGAGAAGUGGAGGGCCAGCCAACGACUCUAUCCGUUAGAGGUGUCGACUGCAGAGUGGACGGGGGCCGCUACUGACACAGGUCAUGGUACGCCUGACACUGGUAAUAAGGAUAUACAACCCGACCUUAACUGUGUUUUAAGGCCGAUUGUAUUGGACAGACGCUCAGACGAAAGCCGGGAGACACAGAUGCAUAUUGAUAAUGAGAACAAAUACGCCGUGAUCCAGUUUUUAGAGCUGCCUUAUGCUAGUAUUGACGACUACGUCUGUGUGCCGCACUCCUGGAUACGGACGCGUAGAGCGAUGGAUCGAAAAAGUACAGUUGCGUUUCCUAACGAACCGUGGCUGCUGACUAAGAUACGGAUUAAGAAACAUGAGAAGCCCUUGGAAACGUGGAACGUCUAUAUGGCCAUCAUAAAAUAUGAAACAUAUUCUUAUAUUGAUGCGAAAGUCUAUAUCAUGGGGAAGAAAACUGUUGCUUCUCCCCGGAAUGAGUAUUCAGGUGAUAUCCGGUAUCAAAUCUCUCUGCCUGAUGCAGCUACGAACAGCAUAAAUUUUUCGAUAAAACGAAUCAAGCUCUCGGACCCUCAAUCAAAAUCCAAUGAAGAACAAACACGAGUAAUUGGCAAUGUACUCACAAGUGAUGUAACCAGAACUCAAGGUCCUGAAAAGAAUAUUCUUUAUGCGCCAAGGAACAUUCUUAUUUUGAAAGACAAUAUCUUGCGUAAUUAUCCAGAAUUAGAUGAGGAUUUCUCGUGUUUAUUUCGUGACCGUUUAAAAAAUAAGGAUCAUCAGGAUUCAAGCAUUCAAACAAUGAUCGUUGAUGAGCCCACUGAUGCGAGCUGCAAUGAACAAGCAGCGCAAUCUGAGCAGAGUUCAGAUAAUGAAUUAUUCGCUUCUAUCAACUCUCAAGAAAACAUCAGCCAAUCUGGUCAGUCAGUCGUGAUGGAAGAAGAGAAAUCUGCAACAGAUCAGGAGUCAUCGACGGAAGAAACAGAUAAUGAAGAUUUGUUAAUUGAUAGAAACUCCGAUGAUGAAGCAGACCAGCCAGCGGAUUCUAUAACGACCAUCAGAGAUCAUUGGAGGUCUCAACUAGCUGACGUUUUUAACGAAAUGCAUGGCGAUUUUUCGCAUGCGUGUGAAGUGACCUUAGAAUUGCACCAAUCGUUUGUUAGAUCAGCGACAGCAAUCAAACGUAUGAAGAAUAUAUACGAGAGAUUCCGAAAUGAAGGAGUGAAGGAAGUCAGUGUAGAAACACCGAAAGAUGUAACAGGAGGUAAUAAAGAAACGACAGUGGAAGAUAAAGAUCAGAACAAUCAAGCUGAGGUGAAAAGAAAAGAUUGUCUUGAUGAAGAUACGAAUGAAAAUGACGGAAAAAUCCGUGAUGAGAAAGCUAAGGAUAGCGAAGAUAAUAAUGAUGAUGAUGGAGAUGAAGGCAAUAAAAAUAUUGAAGGUGAUGAAGAGAAGGAAACUCCCAAGAAAAUUCGUGGGCAAAUUCGCACCUUCGUUUUACCGGCGGAAUACGAUCCAAAGGAUACUAGAUGGACCCUGAAGCAUCGCGAGAAUAACCCAAAACUCGGCCUCGUUGAACUUCUGCCUCGAACCAAAGUCUACAUCAACUCGAUCAGGCUGUCGCAUUGCAAACGAGUGGCUAAAGACUCUAAGACGUUGGCUCGAAUGUUGUUGGUAGAAAUUUUUUCCCAGACCGCGUUGAGUGUCUGCUCAUUAACAGGCGCCAGGGCAAACGCUUUCGAAGUCUGCGGCACAAAGGUCCGGCCUGGAUUGGACGAGCAGGCGAGGAUGGUGAUAUUAAAUUUCGUUGAAGAGCACGCUCGUCAAAAGAAUUGGGGUGUGUUUGACACUCAAAGUGUCAUCAACAGCAUACGUAGCAAAAUUCAAGAAAUGAGAGCUAAGUAUGGCCGAACAGAGUGA